UCUGUGGAAUUCAUAGUCUGUGGUGUUUGUUCCAGGUAUACAUAUAAAUACACGUUGACUGCAUCUGUUAAGGAUAAUGUGGUUUCCAAAGCCGACUCCAAAUAAAAAAGCGUGAGAUGAAUGAUGAAGGGGACCUUCCGCAGGAGGAUUCCAGAGAUGAAGGUAAUGAGUCUGAAGCCUGCAGGAUAAGUAAAUUAAGGACAAGAAAGAAAGUCACUAAACUGCAUGUUGUUUCAGCUGAGGCAGGAGACGUGGAUCUAUCCAACCCAAAAGAAAGGAUAAGAAACCAAAUGGUGUGUCACAAGGUGGUGGAUAUGAACAAACCAGUUUUGGGACCUGGUUCUGCUGAGUCUCAUCUUCCAGAAGACAACAGGGACUCUGAGGCUCACAUAGUGGUAGAACCGUCGUCUCCCAAAACAUCAGCUGGUGCUCAUAGAGACUCUCCUCCGAACUCCAGCCGUACCGAUCACACCGGGGACAGCACUCCGAUUCUGACCACCCCUCAACUCUCCUCUAGAAUGAAGCACAUUAAACAAGAGAUGGCCAAAAAUCAUCUUCAGUUUGUGCGAUUUGAAGCAACAGACCUCCACGGUGUGUCCAGGUCUAAGAGUAUUCCGGCACACUUUUUCCAAGAAAAAGUGACGCAUGGCGUUUACAUGCCCAGAGGUUAUCUUGAAUCAAUACCAAAUCCUAAGGACAAUGAAGUGGAUCACAUAAGAGCAACAUGUUUUAAUAGUGAUAUAGUCCUGAUGCCAGAGCUAUCAACCUUUAGAGUUCUGCCGUGGGCUGAGAGGACUGCACGAGUGAUAUGUGACACAUUCACUGUGACUGGCGAGCCCCUCUUGACUUCCCCAAGGUACAUUGCAAAGCGGCAGCUGAGCCAGCUGCAGGAUUCUGGCUUUGCCCUGCUAUCUGCUUUCAUCUAUGAUUUUUGCAUCUUUGGUGUGCCCGAAAUUAUCAAUUCAAAGACCAUAUCAUUUCCUGCUUCAGCAUUGCUAAAUAAUCAUGACCAGCCCUUCAUCCAGGAACUCGUUGAUGGCUUGUAUCACACUGGGGCCAAUGUCGAGAGCUUUUCCUCCUCUACCAGGCCUGGUCAGGUGGAAAUCUGUUUUCUGCCUGAAUCUGGCAUCAGUUCAGCUGAUAAUGCAUUUACCCUCAGAACAGGUGUCAAAGAAGUGGCAAGGAAAUAUAAUUACAUCACUAGCUUUUUCAUUGAGACUGGACUGUGCAAUUCUGGAAUUUUGUCUCAUAGUCUCUGGGAUGUUGAUGGGAAGAAGAACACGUUCUGCAGCGAUUCUGAAAUAGAGCAGCUCACCCUCACUGGGAGAAAAUGGUUGACAGGGCUCUUGAAACACUCUGCCGCUCUCAGCUGCCUCAUGGCUCCUGCCGUGAGCUGCCGGAAGCGUUAUUCCAAGGAGAGUAAGGACCCCAAGGAGAGUGUGCCUACAACGUGGGGAUACAACGAUAACAGCUGCGCUUUUAACAUCAAGUGUCAUGGGGAGAAAGGCACCCAGAUAGAAAACAAACUGGGCUCAGCAACAGCGAAUCCUUACCUGGUGCUGGCUGCCACCGUGGCUGCAGGCUUGGAUGGGCUUCAAAGCAGCGAUGGUGUCUUGGCUGGUCCAGAUGACAGCACAGACCCUUGCCAAUCAAAACGUCCCCAGAUCCCAUUGAAACUGGAAGAUGCUCUUGUGGCGCUGGAGGAAGAUCAAUGUCUGAAACAGGCUCUGGGAGAAACUUUUAUUCGGUAUUUUGUUGCCAUGAAAAAGUAUGAGUUAGAAAGUGAAGAAACUGAUGCUGAGAGAAAUAAAUUCUUAGAGUAUUUUAUUUAGAAUGGAAGCCUUUAGAGAUGUGAUUUUUAUUGAGUAGCUCAUCUUCCCGCAAGACAAGAUUAGAAUUUUUUUUUGAAAUGAACAGCAACAACAAUAUGACAAACGCUUUCCAUCGUUUUUUGUCCCCAUGGACUAUUUGGCAGAUGCAGUGGGACUUCUGGGAGGACUCUGCUAACAUAAACAAACAAUAAAGUUGUGGUGAAGCUGUAAUACGCAAA